GUCCGGAUUGCAGACAAAAGCCGAUUUAAGCACAUGAUCCCUGACAUUCAAGCCAAUAGCGAAGACCUGAUGGAGUCCACCCCUUCCAACUUCCUCACUCUCCUCCUCAUACUCUCCUUCCUCCACCUCUCUCCGGCCAAUUCUCCAGCCAGGGCCGCCACUUUCUUGCCUGAAAAAUCCCUCCCAACAAAAUCCGGCUAUCUCCCGGUCAAUGGGACGUCUGGCUCAGCCAUCUUCUUCGCCUUCUACGAAGCCCAGCAACUCAAUUCUGAAAUCUCCAAGACACCGCUCCUCGUCUGGCUUCAAGGCGGGCCGGGCUGCUCUUCCAUGGUCGGUAACUUCUUCGAGUUCGGCCCAUGGCUUGUGCACUCUGAUCCCAGUGAUAGCAAAAACCCAAUUCUCAAAUCCAAUCCCGGUGCCUGGAACCGUUUGUUUGGCCUAAUUUUCAUAGACAACCCGAUCGGGACUGGCUUUAGUAUUGCCACCACCGAAGAUGAGAUCCCAAGAGACCAGAAUUCAGUAGCCAAACACCUGUUCAUUGCCCUCCAAGCAUUUCUGUCUUUGAACCCGUCUUUCAAAUCCCGCCCGCUCUAUAUAACAGGGGAGAGCUACGCGGGGAAGUACGUUCCAGCGAUCGGAUACUAUAUCUUGCAACAGAACUUGAGACUUCCCGCAUCGCGCCGGGUGAAUUUACAGGGUGUCGCGAUUGGGAACGGGCUGACGGACCCCGCCACUCAGGUGGCGACCCAUGCAGUGACUGCGUACUACUCUGGCCUGAUCAAUGCAAGGCAGUGUGACCAACUUGAGGAAUUCCAAGCUGAGGCUGUUAAAUUGACCCGAGAGGGGCGAUGGAGGGAAGCGACGGAUGCGCGGAGCCAUGUGUUGGAUUGGUUGCAGAAUGCGACGGGAUUGGCGACUCUUUAUGACCUGAGGAGGAAAAGGCCUUAUGAGACGGAUAUGGUCGACGUUCUUCUACAGAAGGAAGAGGUGAAGGCAGCAUUGGGUGUGAAGAAAGGGAUGGUUUGGGAGGAAUGCAGUGGUGUUGUGGGGAAUGCUUUGCAUGAGGAUGUGAUGAAGAGUGUGAAGUUUAUGGUGGAGGAUUUGGUGAAGAAGAGUCGAGUGCUUUUGUAUCAGGGGCAGUUCGAUCUGAGAGAUGGGGUGGUCUCAACUGAGGCUUGGAUGAAGGAGAUGGAGUGGGACGGAUUGGAGAGGUUUCUAAGUGCAGAUAGGAAUGUUUGGAAGGUGAAUGGAGAGGUGAGUGGGUAUGUACAGAGAUGGGGAAGCUUGACCCAUGUAGUCGUUUCAGGGGCGGGACACCUCGUGCCGGCCGAUCAAGGAUUGAGCUCUCAGGCGAUGAUCGAAGAUUGGGUUUUGGAGAGGGGCUUGUUUGGUGAUGAGAAAACGGUCGUUUCGAGCUUCCGUGGCGCUCUUUGAAUCGAUUUUCCUGUUGUGACGAAAUGAGUUUUGGUGUGGCUGCAGGAAUUCAAAACAAAUUGAAAGUUUAUGUAGUUGAAUUCAAUAUCUAUCGCUGCAAUACAAUGAAUCGGGUCUAAUUGGUUUGGCCAAA